AUGGAUUUAACAGCUACCAGAGUUUGUUCAGGAGUCAACAGUAACGAGACUCUCCUGUCCGCUGCACUCGUGAGCGCCCCCUGUAGUGUGGACCUGCAGCAGUACGCUUGCUCUUCGCUCACCGGCAUCACUGCUGGAAACCUGGCUGGACUCCUGAAGUGUCAACUUUCCAGCAGCAGAAGUUACUCCACGGAGAUCUGGAAACUGCUUUUCACCAAAGCAAAUGAUGUUCUGGACGGAGCCCUCGUCAUCUUCUCCAGCGCAGCAGCAAAUAUGUCUCAGCCAAUCAGAGGUGAUGUCGUGUCCCAAGUGCUGGAUGUGGUUGGAGAGUUGAGACUGGAGCGCAUCAGUCCUGACCAAUGGACAGACCUCUCUUUCAUCAGCAUGUUGUUGGGUCAAUAUCUGAAGCCGUUUUUACCAUUUGCGUCACCAUCCCUACUGCUGUGCACCAGCAGCAAAAACCUCAGCUGCCAAACUUACCAGCACAUACUUUCAGAGGUCCCACUCGUCAAUGAGACUCAAGGAAGAGACAUGGCGAACUUCUUCAUUCUGCCCUUCCUGAGAAGAAACGCAACAGAUGCGGGCUGUGUGUCGACUGCUAACAACAGUGUUGAGUGGCUGCAGAAAAACUUUGGCCCAUUCUCUCAGUUCGUGUCUCUCACAGAUCUGCUCUCCAUCAACAGACUCUUUGAUCCCCUCGAGACCCUGUCUAAUCUCACUCCAGAGCAGAUGGUUGGACUAAUUGUUAAUACUCAGCCUGGUGUGCCACAGAAUUUCAUCAUCAAUACAGUGUUUGAUCAUCUGCUCGUGUCUCCUGUGCAACGAGGAUUUCCAGAUGUUCUUGAGCUCCUGUAUAUUUUCUCCACAAGGAAUCCACUCAGCUGUCAAACCAACCAGAUAAUCUUCACGAGGCUGGAGCAGAUCUUGAGCUCAGGAGCGGGUGACCUGGAGCCUGUCAUCUGGAAGAGCCUUUAUAACUUCAGCGGCACGGCUCCUGCAGACUGCACUCUUCUUCCAGUCGUGAAUGAGUGUCCCGUGACUCCAUUCAACGAGACUCGGGUGUGCAGUGGAGUGGACAGUUCUGCAGCACAGCAGUGCUUGAACGAAGGACGGAUUUGUGGCUUCAGUAUUGCAGCACAUGCAUGCGCCCAGGUGCUGAAUGUGAGCGUGGACUAUCUGGUCACACUACUGAACGCUCAUCUGUCUGUGGAUGACAUGAGCUCAGCUGAGAGCUGGAAACUCUUCCUGACCAGAGUCUCAAACCUGCUGGACGUCGCCCUCCUCCAGCUCUCCAACCAGUCGGUGUGGUGGAGCAGCAGCUCUGCCUCGGUGGCUCUGGACGUCCUGUGGGAGCUGCGUCUGGACAGACUGACGGAUGAGAGCGCUGUUGUGCUGUGGCUCGAUGAACACCUGCGAGCGUUCCUGCCGAGUGCGUCCGGGACGUUCCUGCAGUGUCUGCGCAGCCAGAACCUCAGCUGCCAGAGCUUCCAGAGAGUGGUUGGAGCGUUCGAUGCAGGAUUUUCCCAUAUGAAUGACGUUCAGCGCCGAACAGUCGUGUCACACUUCAUCGUCCCGUUCCUCUCGAGAGCAGGUGUGGCGUGUGUCUCCAACAACAGCUCUCAGUGGCUCAUCAGUAACUUCGGCCAGUUCUCUGCCCUCGUUCCUCUGAAUCAGCUGAUCUCGCUCAACCCACAGUUCAACCCGAUGAGCAGCCUGCUCUAUCUGUCUCCAGAGCAGCUGGUCGGGCUGAUGUUUGACGACGUUCCUGGUCUUCCAGAGAAAAGUGUGGUCAUCAAUGCCGUGUUCGAUCACCUGAUGGCAUCUCCACAGACAGAGAGGAUCGUCUCCAUGCUUCCCAUCAUGGUGGAGUCAUCAAAGACAAGGAACAUCUCCUGUGCAUCAUAUCAGAUCAUCUUCCACCGUCUGGAUCAUCUGAUGGUCAGUGUGCCGGUGGAUCUGGAGUCUGUGAUUCUGAGGAGUAGAUCAGCUCUUCUUCAGAACGUGCCGCAGGGUUGUGUGAGCUCCAGCAGACAGGUGAGUGUUGAAGAUGCUCUGGGGAAUAAGACGAAUGCUUAA